AUGGCUUCGGACGAAUCCACCGGUUUGGCGAAAUCUGCCGCUGACAAAUUAUCAGAGAUGGGUGAAAGAACGAAACAGUUAAGUACAGCCAUGCAAGACCCUCAGCGACAAAGACAGAUUAUUUUAGUCAUUGUCUGCGUAGCUCUGUUGCUGGAUAAUAUGCUUUACAUGGUAAUAGUUCCAAUUAUACCAGAUUACCUUGCUGAUUUAGAAAGUGAACAAACAGCUCAGGCCCAUGAAGUUGUGCUCUUAAAUUCUUCAGUAAAUAGUACAGAUGUAGGUAAAAGCUCUCGGGACAAUUUAGACAUACAAAUAGGAGUUCUCUUUGCCUCGAAAGCUAUUUUACAGCUUUUGGUCAACCCUCUGACCGGAACUUUCAUUGACCGAGUUGGGUACGACAUUCCACUUAUGAUUGGGCUUUUUAUCAUGUUCAUCUCGACCUGCAUCUUCGCUUUCGCCGAGAAUUACGCCACCCUCUUCGUAGCGCGCAGCCUGCAGGGUCUGGGGUCAGCCUUUGCGGACACCUCAGGAAUCGCCAUGAUCGCGGACAAGUACACAGAGGAGGCGGAGAGGAGUCGCGCGCUUGGCAUUGCGCUGGCAUUCAUCUCUUUCGGGAGCCUAGUGGCGCCCCCCUUUGGAGGCAUCCUGUACGAAUUCGCCGGGAAACGGGUUCCGUUCCUUGUGCUGGCCUGCAUUUGCUUCGCGGACGGUAUGCUCUGCUUCACUGUGCUGAAACCCUUUUCCGACAGGGCAAGAGAGAACAUGCCAGUGGGUACGCCUAUUUACAGACUUAUGAUUGACCCCUACAUAGCUGUAGUGGCCGGUGCUUUGACAACGUGCAACAUCCCCCUAGCUUUUCUGGAGCCCACCAUAGCCAAUUGGAUGGAAACUACGAUGAAUGCGUCGGAAUGGGAAAUUGGCCUGACUUGGCUGCCAUCCUUCUUUCCUCACGUCCUAGGCGUUUAUAUAACAGUCAAAUUAGCGGCUCAGUAUCCACAUUUGCAGUGGUUUUAUGGAGCCGUCGGCAUGAUUAUAAUCGGUGCCAGCUCCUGUACUGUCCCGGCCUGUAAAACCUUUGGACAGCUAAUCGCUCCUUUGUGCGGCAUAUGCUUCGGCAUUGCACUGGUAGACACAGCUCUUUUGCCAACACUCGCGUUUCUAGUGGAUGUGCGACAUGUCUCAGUGUACGGCAGCGUCUACGCAAUCGCGGACAUCUCCUACUGUGUUGCCUACGCCUUAGGCCCUGUCGUAGCGGGUCAGAUUGUCCAUGAUCUGGGAUUUGUGCAGCUCAAUCUGGGCAUGGGCCUUGCCAAUGUCCUGUACGCACCCGCCCUGCUCUUGCUCCGAAACGUGUGCCAGUUGAAACCCUCUCAUUCAGAGAGAGACAUACUGCUGGAGGAUGGACACAAGGGACUAUAUGAUACAAUUAAGAUGGAGGAACGCAAAAGCAAGGGUUUUAGCGCAGCAGAUCACUGUAUGCCAGGUGAGGAGAAUGCUGUUGAACCCUUUGGAGGUCAAGCGGAAUCACAUUUGGAAGACUACGCAGGACCCGAGUAUAAUUAA